UUUACAAAUCUUCAAAAUGGGGGGAUCAUUACUGCAGAGGAGCUCACCCAGAAAAUGCUAUUUCCCAUCUCUUGUGGGCCUUGUGGGGUCUGGGGACGUGAAGGUAGGAGAGGGGGAAGAGUGAGACACAGGGAGAGGGUCAUGAGGCGGUGAUGAUGGGAUGAUAGAGAGAGAGAGAGGGGCUAGGGGACGCAGCAACGGAGUGUGCUGAUUACUGAAUCUACUGAUGUAUGUUGACUGAUGAAGAGGGAAAAAAAGAACAGGAAGAAGAGAGAAGAAAAAGAAGAAAGAAGAGACAAGACAAACAAGAAGAAAGAAGAAAAGAGAACAAAAAGAAACACGAAGAUGACGAGGAAGACGUGGACGGCAUGGAAGAAGAGGAGGUGGAGGGAAGGAAGGAGGAGGAAGAGUAGGAAAACAAUCAAGAAGACUAAGAAGAGGUGGACGGCCAUGGAAGAAGAAGAAGACGACGAGGGAGAGGACGAAGAAGACAAAGAAGAGGAAGAACAGGAAGAAGAGGAAGAGGAAAAGGAAGAGGAGGACGAAGACGAGGGCGAAGAAGAGGUGGACGGCGUGGAAAAAGAGGAUGAAGAAGAGGAGGACGAUGACGGAAAGGAUGAAGAAGACAAAGAAGAGGAAGAACAUGAUGAAGAGGAAGAAGAAAAUGAAGAUGAAGAGGAAAAGGAAGAGGAAGAGGAAGAGGAAAAGGAAGAUGAAGAGGACAACGACGAGGAAGACAGCGACGAAGAAAAGGAAGAAAAGGGGAGGAAAGAGAAGAGGAAGGAGACGAGAGAAAGAAAAGAAGAGAGGGAUAAGGACAGAAGAGGAGGGGUUACAUGAAAGAUGGCGGGGGGAGGAGAUGGAGAGAGAGGGAGGAAGAGAGGGAGUAAGAGGGGGAGGGAGGGAGGGAGGCAGGGAGGACGAG